CUGCUUCGAAAGCGAUUCCCAUUCCUUUCGUCCGAUCGGUUCUCUCCUCGUUGGAUGCUAUUAAUCUCGGCCUUCGACUCCGUCGGAGGCUUCGGUGUGGCCUCCUCGUGGGAUCUGGACCGUCGGAUCGACAUCGAGCGGUCAUGGCGGUGGAUGAGGUGUUCGCCACGGCCGUCGAGGACGGGCUGAAGCUGGCGAAGCGGGUCUACGCCGGGAAGGAACGGCAGUUCGCGGCGCCACCGCGGCCGGCCACGGGGAUGGAGCGGUCGUCGGAGCCGUUCCUGCCGACAGCGCCGAUGGUGUACGCGGUGAUCUCCGACCCGGCGAUCGUCGACAACCCGGACAUCCCUAGCUACCAGCCGCAUGUGUACGGGGCGUGCGACCCGCCGGCGCUGAUCCCGCUCCAGAUGGGGGAUGUCGGGCUGGAGGUGGAGUGCCUCCUGGACGCGGCCUUCGUCGCCGUCAGCGGCCGGUGGCGGGUCCACUGCGUGAUGCGGAACAAGAGCUGCGACUGCCGGCUGGUGGUUCCCAUGGGCGAGCAGGGUUCCAUUCUAGGUGUUGAGGUUGAGGUUGGUGGAAGAUCAUACUAUACCCAGGUGAUUGAACUAGAAGACUAUAUCAUGGAGAACACAGCUAAAAUUGAAGGUGGUGGCCUCCUAAAGCCCCAGAUGUUUUUCUUAACAAUUCCCCAGGUCAAUGGAGGAUCAGAGAUUUCUAUUAAAGUGAGAUGGUCUCAGAAGUUAAUUUAUAAGGAUGGCCAGUUUUUUAUUGCCGUGCCUUUCAAUUUUCCAGAAUACAUCACUCCAUUUGGAAAAGUUUUCUCAAAAAGAGAAAAGAUUCACUUGAAUGUGAAUAUUGGCACUGAAAAGGAGGUUAUGUUGCAGACAACAAGCCAUCCUUUGAAGGAAAAAAGUCGCCAAGCGGGGAAGUUGACUUUUUUGUAUGAAGCAGAUGUUGAAAGCUGGUCAAAUAAAGAUUUUGAUUUUUCAUUUAGUAUUUGUUCAGAUGAUUUUUUCGGUGGCAUACUAUUGAAAUCUCCAACAACACAUGACGUUGACCAGAGAGAGAUGUUCAGCCUUUAUCUUUUUCCAGGAAGUAACCAGAAAACAAAGGCCUUCAAAAAUGAAGUUGUUUUUGUCAUUGACAUAAGUGGAAGCAUGAAGGGGAAGCCCAUCGAGAAUGUUAAGAGUGCAUUAUCUACAUCACUGUUGGAGCUCAGACCAGGAGACUAUUUUGAUAUAAUAGCUUUCAAUGCUGAGUUGCACUCUUUUUCAUCCUGUUUGGAGCCUGCAACUGCAGAUACGAUAGAAAAUGCUAUCCAGUGGAUGAACAAUAAUUUUGUUGCAGAGGGUGGAACAGACAUAAUGCACCCCUUAAAUGAGGCAGUAGGUUUGCUGUCAAGUACAAAAAAUUCAAUUCCGCAAAUUUUUCUCAUAACUGAUGGAGCUGUUGAAAACGAGCGCAACAUCUGUCAUACUCUUAAAACACAUCUGGAAAAUAGUGGAUCAAUUUCUCCUCGAAUUUCAACGUUUGGUGUAGGUUCUUAUUGCAACCAUUACUUCUUGAAAAUGUUGGCAUCAAUCGGGAGGGGACAGUAUGAUGCUGCAUAUGAUUCAGAUUUAAUUGAAAUGUGUAUUCAAAGAUGGUUUCAUAGAGCUUCAUCCACCAUCGUUGCGAAUGUGACUGUUGACUUCUUCAGUUAUCUUGAUGAAUUUGAGGUAUACCCUAUCCAUAUUCCAGAUCUCUCGGGUCAAUGCCCAUUGAUUAUAUCAGGCAGAUGUUAUGGCAAGUUCCCAGAAACUCUUCAAGCUAAGGGAAUCUUGGCUGACAUGAGUGAUACUUUUAUUGACAUGAAGGUGCAGAACACAAAAGAUUUCCCUCUUGAGAAAGCUUUUGUUAAUCAGCAUAUAGAUCUUCUUACAGCUCAGGCAUGGUUUUCUGAAAGCAAACAGCUUAAGGAAAAGGUUACUAAAUUGAGCAUACAAAGUAGCAUUCCAUCGGAGUAUACAUGUAUGGUCUUUCUUCAAAAGGAAACAGAAAAGGACGAGUCACUUAAAAAGGUUAAGAAAAGAGAUUCAAGAAAGCAUGCUGGCUCCAAAGAUAACUUGUUAAUUUUGGUACGAGAUAUGGCCAUUGGAUUUGGAGAUAUAACUGCAACCAUAGAAAAUCACCCUACGGUGCUUGGAGAGCCUAAAGAGCCUGCCACCUCCCUCGUCUACAACAAGGCCAUUGGCUGCUGUAACAGGAUAGCCUACUGCUGCUGUUGCCCAUGCUUCAUAAAGACCUGCUCUAGGCUGAAUGAUCAGCUUGUGAUUGUAAUGACACAGCUCUGCACAGCCCUAUCUUGCCUUGCCUGUUCAGAGUGCUGCACCGAGUUAUGCUUCGGCUCCGAUUAGUCUGAUUUCUUCCCUUGUUCUGCACUUGUAUAUUAUGUUAUUAACUAUGUACAUUUGCCUAUCGUUUACUCUCUGUUGUCAGUUGCUAUAAUGUAUUGUAUUUACGGUUGUAUUUUCAUCUGUAUCAUCUGAUCCAAAUCGCAUAGAAGUGUCAAGAAUAGCUUAUGACCCUUAUAGAGUACCAGGGGUCCUCUUCCUUUGAUGCUACUGGCUUGUAAAUUAUGAGUUGUAUUUGAUAAUAUCAAGAAUAGGUUUUUCCAAACAAAA